GGACAUCAUGUACUCAAAACAACCUCUCAGAUUUGUUUUAGCAUGAUUUAAUAGCUAAAUUAAUUUGUCAGGUGGAACCUAUUCUUGAAUCUUUUAAAACUGUUCUUCAUUUUAAGCUUAUUUCUUGUUUUCCUAUAUCAGCUUUACAAUCAAAUGCUACAUGUGUCAAUGAAAAUUCCAGUGACAGUUAAUAAAUUUGAGAAUGUUUCUCUUAUGAGUACAAUAAUCAACACAGGGUUUAAAAGUCACUUUAAAUGAAAAGUAAAUGUUUAGUUAUAAACAAAACUGUUGGCCCACUAAAUUUAAUAAGAGAUUGAGGCCAUGCUGAAUGUAACAUAAAGAAUGUGUUUAAAUAAAAUCUCAGGAAUACAUCUAAAUAAAAGUUAGAAUGGUAGAAUUAAAUUUUUUUCUUAAAUCUAGUCACUGGAUAUAUUGGUCCUUAUGAAAUAUUCAGUAAGCUUAACAUUCUACUCCUUAGAAAUUGGAAACAAACUUAUCUGAAUUUUUACAAAAUAACAUGAAUCCAUCACAUGUUUUAAGUCAUAUUUAAGAAGAUUAUAUAUAUAUAUAUGGGUUUAAGGAUUAGAUAUUAUGUGACCUUUUCAGAUAGAGUGGUAUUAUAGCAAAAGACUUGGCACCCUUAUUGAUCUUGUGUGUGUCUUAAUCAAAUUAUAUUACUUUCCUCCAAAAUAUAAUACAAUAGACUCCUUAAAUACUUUUUUCCUUGAAUGAAGAGAUUUUCAAUUGAAGGAAAUGGUCAGAAAACUCCUCUCAGCAUUUUUAUGUCUGUGUAAUGCAGGAAUUCUCAGAUGAAUUUAUAUGCUUAAGUAAGUCAGAUGAAAAUUGUACAAGCCUUUUUUCCUUUUACCUUAACUGCCAAGAAACCUGGAGCCACUGUAAUCAGCUCAUCUCAGGUGCCUGUUAACAUCUAACCCAUGCUCCCGAUGGUCUCACUUGUGUUUUCCUCUCUAAUUGGGCUUAGUUCUGUAAGCUGUAUCACAUCCCUUUAGAAGUCCAUAGCAUAUAAAUGCUCUAUAAAUUGAAUAAAGCUGCAAAAUAUAUUAACUUGACUAAGAUUUUAUAGCUGAUUUACAGUUGCCUACACUUGUAAUGCAUGACUGAAUUAAUGACAAUUCUGUAACAAAAACACUAAUGCCCUUUGUUUUUAACAUUUCUUUUACAAGAUAAUCAUGGGGAUUGUAGAGUGAGUUAAGCUUUAGACCUUAUAUUUCUCUUCCACUUUUAUGACUCCGAGAUUUAAAAAUAUAUAUAUAUUUGUUCUGAUGAAGAACUGAAAAAAGUUUGCUUUUCUCUCAGUGCAGCUUUCUAAAAGUGGAAGUUACUGUUCUAAAAUGUAUGUACACAUUGCAAUUGUGUGUAGAGCUCAAAAGCAUAAAGAGCAAGAUAUAUUAAAUUUCAACAUACUUGUUAUCCUGCAUUCCGGUUGACUGUAGAGAAUCUCUAGUCAUGUCUAUCUGUUUUUGAUGCCUCUACAGAAUAACUGCCCAGCAUCCUCUGCCCAACCAAUCAGAAUGUAGGAAAAUCUACAGAUAUGACGGAAUCUACUGUGAAUCUACCUACCAGAAUUUACAAGCCUUGAGAAAGGAGAAAUCCCGAGAUGCUGCUCGCUCCCGCCGGGGAAAAGAAAAUUUUGAGUUCUACGAAUUGGCCAAGUUGUUGCCACUUCCUGCAGCCAUUACCAGCCAGCUUGACAAGGCAUCCAUCAUUCGACUUACAAUUAGCUAUCUGAAAAUGAGGGACUUUGCUAACCAGGGGGACCCUCCGUGGAACUUGAGAAUGGAAGGCCCUCCACCUAACACGUCAGUAAAAGUUAUAGGUGCACAACGAAGGAGAAGCCCCAGUGCACUAGCCAUUGAAGUAUUUGAAGCACAUUUGGGAAGUCACAUUUUACAGUCCCUGGAUGGAUUUGUAUUUGCACUAAAUCAAGAAGGAAAAUUUUUGUACAUUUCCGAAACAGUCUCUAUCUACCUAGGCCUCUCGCAAGUGGAGCUGACAGGAAGCAGUGUCUUUGACUAUGUCCACCCUGGGGACCACGUGGAGAUGGCAGAGCAGCUGGGCAUGAAGCUCCCGCCUGGGCGGGGUCUCCUCUCGCAGGGCACCGCUGAGGAUGGAGCCAGCUCAGCAUCUUCCUCCUCUCAGUCGGAGACCCCUGAGCCAGUGGAGUCAACAAGCCCCAGUCUGCUAACCACUGACAACGCCCUUGAGCGUUCCUUUUUCAUCCGAAUGAAAUCUACUCUGACCAAACGUGGCGUGCACAUCAAAUCAUCAGGAUAUAAGGUGAUUCACAUAACAGGCCGGCUACGCCUGAGAGUGUCACUGUCCCACGGGAGGACCGUCCCCAGCCAAAUCAUGGGUCUCGUGGUUGUGGCUCACGCCUUGCCGCCCCCUACGAUCAAUGAAGUCAGAAUCGACUGCCAUAUGUUCGUCACACGAGUAAAUAUGGACCUCAAUAUCAUUUACUGUGAAAAUAGGAUUAGUGAUUAUAUGGAUCUGACCCCUGUAGACAUUGUAGGGAAGAGAUGCUACCACUUCAUCCACGCUGAAGACGUUGAGGGCAUCAGGCACAGUCACCUUGACUUGCUGAAUAAGGGUCAGUGUGUGACGAAGUAUUAUCGUUGGAUGCAGAAGAAUGGAGGCUAUAUUUGGAUACAGUCUAGUGCCACCAUAGCGAUUAAUGCCAAGAAUGCAAAUGAGAAGAAUAUCAUCUGGGUGAAUUAUCUUCUUAGUAAUCCUGAGUACAAAGACACACCAAUGGAUAUUGCACAGCUCCCUCAUCUGCCAGAGAAAACUUCCGAAUCCUCAGAGACCUCCGACUCUGAAUCAGACUCUAAAGACACCUCAGGUAUUACAGAGGACAAUGAGAACUCCAAGUCUGACGAAAAGGGUAACCAGUCCGAGAAUAGCGAGGACCCAGAGCCGGACCGGAAGAAGUCGGGCAACGCGUGCAACAAGGACAUGAACUGCAACGACGACGGCCACAGCUCUAGCAACCCAGACAGCCGCGACAGCGACGACAGCUUUGAGCACUCGGACUUUGAGAACCCCAAGGCGGGCGAGGACGGCUUCGGCGCGCUGGGCCAGAUGCAGAUCAAGGUUGAGCGCUACGUGGAGAGCGAAUCGGACCUGCGGCUGCAGAACUGCGAGUCGCUCACGUCGGACAGCGCAAAGGACUCGGACAGCGCGGGCGAGGCGGGCGCGCAGGCCUCUAGCAAGCACCAGAAGCGCAAGAAGAGGCGGAAAAGGCAGAAGGGCGGCAGCACCAGCCGCCGUCGUCUAUCCAGUGCGUCGAGCCCUGGCGGUCUGGACGCAGGCCUGGUGGAGCCCCCGCGGUUGCUGUCAUCCCCCAAUAGUGCUUCGGUGCUCAAGAUCAAGACAGAGAUCUCGGAACCCAUCAACUUCGACAACGACAGCAGCAUCUGGAACUAUCCGCCCAACCGGGAGAUCUCCAGGAACGAGUCUCCCUACAGCAUGACCAAGCCCCCCAGCUCCGAGCACUUCCCGUCCCCACAGGGCAGCGGCGGUGGCGGCGGGCUGCACGUGGCCAUCCCUGACUCAGUCCUCACACCGCCCGGCACCGAUGGCGCAGCCACCCGCAAGACUCAGUUCAGUGCCUCGGCCACCUCGGCCUUGGCCCCCGUCACCUCCGAUCCACUGUCACCCCCACUCUCGGCGUCCCCGCGGGACAAGCACCCCGGGGGUGGCGGCGGGGGUGGCAGCGGGGGCGGCCCCAGCGCAUCCAACUCCUUGCUGUACACGGGGGACCUGGAGGCACUGCAGAGGUUGCAGGCGGGCAACGUUGUGCUCCCGCUGGUGCACAGGGUGACCGGGACUCUGGCCGCCACCAGCACGGCCGCGCAGAGGGUCUACACCACAGGCACCAUCCGCUACGCCCCGGCCGAGGUGACCCUGGCCAUGCAGGGCAACUUGCUGCCCAACGCCCACGCUGUUAACUUUGUGGACGUUAACAGCCCGGGCUUCGGCCUCGACCCCAAGACGCCCAUGGAGAUGCUCUACCACCACGUGCACCGGCUCAACAUGUCGGGACCCUUCGGCGGCGCUGUGAGCGCGGGCAGCCUGACGCAGAUGCCAGCCGGCAAUGUGUUCACCACGGCGGAGGGACUCUUCUCCACGCUGCCCUUCCCUGUCUACAGCAACGGCAUCCACGCGGCACAGACUCUGGAGCGCAAGGAGGACUGAGACGCUGCCCAGCAGUGGGCAGGGUUCCGCUCGGAGGCAUCGUCGGCGUUUUCGUUUAGACCUUUAAUUCUAGCACUUUGAAUUCGAGCAGGUCAGCGUCUUCUCUCAACACGACGUUCCCCAUUUCCAUCCCCUUUUCCUUUAACUUGACUUAUUCUUUCGUGUAAAGAUAUGUUUAUUUUUUGCCUUCAGAGGGUCAGAUGACCAGUUGCCUGCCAUUUUGUCUUCUUCUAAAAUGUGUGUUGGGUUGUUUUUCUUUCCUUUGCAUCUUUAUUAAGAUGUCUUUAAUGUGUAUAUGCCUCUGCCAUAGAAUACUCAGUCUUGUGGUCAAGAGAUUUUUCAAGUGACAACCAUUGGGUUUUCUUCUUAAAGAUCUUGAUAUGAUCAAGAUUGAAAGAGACAAGCGUAAACAAUGUGCCCUGUUUGACUAAGUCAAAUGAAAUGGGGUGGUGGUUUGUUUUCGUUCCUAAUUCCUUUAAAAAACUAGGGGAUAGUAUUUUAGAAUUUUAUGCAGAAUUUAAUUCUCUUUUUAUGGUUAAGAUUUUAAGAUUUUCUUACUUGCACAUAAAAAUAAUUUGGGUUCUUAAACUUAAUUUCUGGCCUGUGACUAGAAUGUUUUAAAAAAGUUGGACUAAAUGUUAAUUACUGAAACAUUAACUUAAUUUCUAAAACCAUGGUGCUAUCAUUUAUUAAUCUGUAAUGUCUUCAUACAAAAUGCAGCUCCUGGGCUGGGUUUUGGAAAAGAAUGUGUUCUGUCCUGGUCUGGAGUCCGUUGCUGCAGUCUCCUUGGUUAGUUAAGACAAAGCCCUCAUUAACGUUUGCUGCAGGACUUAAAAAUUUUUACCUCCCAACUAACAAACAUAGCCUCACAUUAAAUCUAAUGGGUCAGUAAAGCCCUUUUUAAAAGGGCUUUUGGAAAACUCAAUCAAACUGAUUUGAGGAGCAGUUUAGGUACAUACUGCCUUUUGUUGAGCUUUUUUUUUUUUUCUUUUCUCAGUCUAACUGAGGCUAAUUUUGCAACUUCAAUAACACUACAGAGUAAAAGAAGGAAAAAUAUUUAACAUGUUUUGUUUUCUUUCGUUUCUUGCUUUAAAAAAAAAAAGAAAGGUUGUAUUUUGGGGGACUGAUUUGAUUUGAUGGAAUUUUUUUCCUUUGGUUCCUUUAUUUCUAGGUUGAAACCAAUAAGUUUUAAAACUAAAGAAUGGGUUAAUAAGCUUCAAAGAGAUAACUGCAACUGAAAACUGCACAUUAAGUUAAAAAAGAAAAAGAAAAAAUAAUCCUAUUUUGUCUUUGUUGCCAGAAAUCAGUGUAGUGUCAAACACUCCAAAUGACUGUCAAGUAUAAAUUCUUCUUCCACUCCAUUUUUGGCAGCUGUUUGUUAAGGCAUUUAAUAACAGAUGUGAGAACUGUAAUGUGUACAAUGUGUACGUGUCAUUGGCUGUCAGUCCCAUUGCGGUUUCAAUGUGUGUUUCUAUAUGCAGUAUAUACUAAGCUAAUGUAGUUGUUUUGUCCUUUGUCUUCUCUGUGCUCUAUCUCUAGUCUGGAGUGGUACAGUCCCAUUCCUGCAGUCCUAGUGAAUCAGUGAUUCUUGGGGGUUAGUGGUUUUUUGUGUGGUGGCCUUCCUCUGUAAUGUCACCCUAUGCUGCUUCUACUGUCUGCGAAUCUUCUGUUUUACUUUUAAAAAUCCUUGCUGUUGCUUUGCUGGUGUAUAUUUUCCCUACCUCUCCUUUCUUUCUCUCCCUCUCCCAUCUUCCCUUCCCCUCCUCUUCUCCCCGCCCCCCAAAAUCUUUUUCAUUCUCAGAGAUAAAAAGACUCUUAACUAGCUCAAGGUUAAUGGAGCCAUUUUUCCCACAAUGGAAUUUCUGGGUAUGACUCUCUCUUCUGGAGUGCAACACAAAGCACUGAAGAAUAAUGCUCAGCUAUAUUAAACGAAUUGAUGCCAUAUAGCCUCAGUUGUUAACAUUCCCAGACUCCCUUGUGCUCUACCUAUAAGCAGUGGGUGCUUUUCUUUGGUUUCCUUCCAGGUUGGCUGAUGGAGCAAUAUAUAAAGCAAUUACUAGUGAGACAAAAUUAUUUCAAAGGUCAAUCAACAUUUUUUUUAAAAAAUAAAAAGGGAGGGGGGAAUGGAAUAUAGAAUUGUCAUAUAUAUUUGUUUAUGCGUGCAAUGCUAAAUACAGUAACUCGGCUGUCCUUUGAAUAUCACUGUGUUGAGUGGGUUCCUGUAGGACCUUUGAAUUCCAUGAGUUGGGCCCAAACCAUGGUGAGAUAAUAACAAAGGCCACAAAUUUGAACAGUGAGCUUUCUUGAAGGAUUUAAGUAGGUUUAAAAGGUGAAGAAGGCUGAUUGAGAAAUUUAAAGGUUUUUGGAAGCUCUACUCUAGCUACGGAACAAUCCAAGGAAUGCACCUAUCAGCUACUAAGAACAGCUAGACAGCUGAUUUAUUUUUUGUUUUGUUUUUGUUUUCUUUUAUAAAUGUUUCUGUGUUGUGUCAAAAUGAUUUCUGGUGAUUUAAACUAACAGAUAAUCACAGCUGCUGUCUAAAUCCAUAGUGUUUAAAAUUACAAAAUGAAAAAAAAAAAAAAACCAAUUCAUUACCUGUGAAGACUGUGUCUGUGUUUUUAACUAUUUGUUGUACAAAUAUAUGAAAACUUUUAUGAGGAGACUGGUGCCAAGUAGCUGAAUAAUGGGGAAAGGGAUAUUCUGUUCGUAAAAAUCUUAGCAGUGUUACCAACUCUACAAUACAUAAAAAAAAAUUAAAACGUUACAAAGCGACAGCUAUGGUACAUUUGUUUUGUGUGAAGCUAACCGGACCUAACUUCCUGAGUGCCUGGCUUAUUUUGAAACAUUUUUUUCAUUGACCAUUGAUAAUGCUGCAAAUCAGAAAUGUACAUACUUCAUUUACAACAGGGUUCUUUUUAUACUUUUGUAGAUUCUCAUACAUGUCACAUACAUGGUUGUCUUUAUGUAACUUAAUUUUUCAUCCGCAGGUGCCAUUUUCAUAAUAAACUUCUCUUGGAUUUGUUACUA